AUGUCGUUUUCGCAUUCGAGCAACUUUACCGUCCAUGAGGCGACCCUCCUCUCCGCACAGAACACAUUCAUCAACGAAAGCCCUUCGCCCAGUUCUGGUGCAGAGUAUUGGUCUCCCUUGCAACGUCUUCACGCACAUGCGGCUGUCUCUGCAACGCACGAAUCUUCCGUCGCAGCGUACGCUCCAAAAUGCAAGCCUGGAACUCGCAAGCAAGUCAUAGAGGACCUUAUCGAUCUCGUGGUGCAACCUCCCACGGAAGGUACCUCGCACAAACCUGUUGUAUGGUUCUCUGGACCUGCAGGCGGUGGCAAGACCUGUAUCCAGCGCGAGGUCGCACGUCGUCUCCAAGCGCAUGGAAAACUAGCGGCCACGUACUUCUUCUCUAAUCGAGCAGAAAGGAACCCUGGACUCCUCAACAAGUUGGGAAAUGCGAGUGGGCGGUAUUCCGCAGGCCGGAUGCUCGACUCAGUGGGGCCAUUUGUACCGACAGUGGCCUCUCAGCUCGUAUUAGGCGGUUCGGGGUUGGAGGCAUACGUCGAAGGAGCUAUACGAGAAGAUCCCCUUAUAUUCCAGAAAUCGCUGGCCAUUCAAGCCAAGAAACUCAUUUCUGGGCCGCUGGAACUUUGGAUGAAGGGCGAAAUCAGUCGGAGAGGCGAUGCAGGACCCUUGCACACCACCUUGUUAAAGAGGCUAUCCCCUCUGAUUGGGCUCAAGUCGAGGGACGUAGACGGGAAGGCACAAAUAGGCACCACACCUCCCGAUGUGGUACUCAUCGAUGGGAUUGACGAAAUCCGAGAUCACCAUGAACGGGCCCACCUCCUGGCACUACUUCGAGAUUUAGCUCUGGACCCCAACUUCCCGUUUCGCAUUAUCAUUGCCAGUCGUCCCGAACUCGACAUUCGCACCAUUCUCCAAUCACCCUCUUUUAAAGGGGUCGUCUACCACGUUAGGCUGGAAACGUACGAUGGAAGCGAUGAUAUCAGGGUCUACUUUUGCGACGAGUUUUCGCGGAUACGCGCAUGGCAUCCUGCCACAGCGUCGAUCCCAGAGGGGUGGCCGCCAGAACCAACACUGGAAUUGUUGGUCAUGAAGGCGUCGGGCCAGUUCAUCUUCCCUGCUACGGUCAUCAAAUUCAUUGACAACCCACGCCGGAGACCUCAAGAGCUCUUGGACAUGGUUCUUGCGCACCUACAGCUCUGGGAUCGUAGUCAAGAGGAGUCUAGCCCGCUUCAAGACCUCUACGAGCUCUACGACCUUGUCCUUCGUCAACCAGAUGUAGACCGUAACCUCCUCAAGAGGCUACUCCACGCCAUCACGGCUAUCUCCUCCCCAGCAUCGUACAUCAACAGCCCAGAAUUCCUCGACGGCCUCCUUUCCUUUGCUCCCGGAACUUCAAGUAUCGCCCUCUGCGAUCUUCACUCCGUUCUCAACAUACCGACUCAGGAACAGGCGACCGGGAAAACCAAAAAUAGGUUCAUUUUCUUCCAUCACAAAACUAUGCUCGACUACCUCCACUCUCCAACUCUCACAUCUGACCUGUACCAGAGCCCACGCGAUACGCACCUCUACCUAGCAGUUCGCUGUGUCGAACAUAUGACAUGGUGGUGGUCCACACGGGAGAGAAUGACCAACCGCAACAAGGUCUUCGAAUACGCGGCAUUUUAUUGGGACUUCCACGUGACAGAGGCUCUCGACGGAUACUCGGAAGUCGAGCUACCGCAACUGAUCCAAGAUUUCCAUCCCGGGAUUCCAUGGAUGUAUGGAUUCCUGCACGCCAAGUCCAACGUCGCGCUGAGCUUCGACGCUCAAGAAUACCUGUACCGUCUUCUUCACCUUAGGACAGAAACCGAUCAACCGACGUAUCCGAAACUUGAGAACCGAUUGAAGCAUUGUCUCGACGUCUCGGACACCAUCAGAGAAGUAUAUUACCAAGCGGAUCGAGAUGGACUGGAGAAGUCUUCGAUAGACAGGAUCGAGUCGGACUAUAUGGCCAGGCUAGAACGUACGGGAAACGAGGAUGAGAACCCACCCAAUGCUGCGCAGGGACCAGGCAGGAGGGCGAAGCCAAGCAACGUCAAACUCUAUAUUUCUACCUUGGAUUUAGAGCUUAUUUCCUCAUUCCCGGUCGACUGCGAAAAAAUCCAUCCCUGCCUUCCAUCGCACGCCCUCGAACUUGAAAAUAUGGUCGUCACUAUCCUGAACACCAUGUCUUUCACCCAAAUUCAAACCGUGGUCUUUUUCGCCUCUAGACGGCUCAAUGUCGCCUACGACACCUUCUUGGAGACCAAAAGAAGUGGAAAACCGUACUCGAAGAUUCAGGAGUUGAUAUUCUUGGCGAACUUCACUAAUGAGUUGAACUCAGCUGUCACUAUUAUUUUAUACGCGAUGGCCAGAUACAAGAACGUCCAGCUGCCCAACGACUUCCUCGGCGAAUAUUUUCUCGACGCCUUGACACCAUACCGAAUCUCGAAAACACAGGCAAAGAACUCGCCUCCCUCAAUCAAAAGCACAGGCCAGGGGUCGUGGUGGCUUAACAUACUUGAGGACCUUCCACUCGCCAGAGCGAGAGCAGGACUUUCGGUCGAAGAGAUUGCCAAGGCGUGUCUGUCCACCGCCCCGUUCUGA